AUGUCUCGCUUUGCCAGAACGCCUCCAAAGCUUGCUAAUGAGUAUCUCAAGGAGGAGAGCGCGGUCACGCCAGGCCCGUCACGUGUCAGAAUCAACCAGCUUCACGGCCAGGUCAGCGAGCUUGUCCGGAAAAAUCAAACCCUGGACGCGAGUCUCUCUUACCUCAAGAGGUCUACGACUGCUAAUAUUUAUUUCCAGAGGAAACUGAUAUCUGAAGCUACCCACUACAAACUAGCUAUCCAGACCAAAGACGACGAGAUCAAAGCCAUCAAGGAUGCCUCUAGGAUUGUUCGAAAGGAGCUAGAGUGGUUCAAGAAGGAGUUGGAGCAUUGUGUAUCCGAGGGAUCUUCCAUGAGAGACCAGAUCCAACUGCACUCUGGCAUUCAACAGCAAAAAGCCCUCAUAGCGCUAGCUCAAGAACAGAUGCGUGUUGUAGAGAUCGAGAAUCAGCUUUUGGAGUCGGAUAGAGCCAGAGUUCUGAGGGACCACAAAAUAUCGUUAUUUCAAGCCCGCGAAGAGGAGCUGCUAGCAGACCUCGAAGAAAGAGAUGCCAAAAUUGAUGACCUCGAGAGUGACUUGGCUAUGAUGUCUUCUUCACUUGAGGCCGAGCGUAAUACUGCCCAAUCUGCCACCUCUGCCCGACCCUCUUCCAAAGAGCUACGACAAGCCCAGACAGAGGUCCUAUCAGCUCGCGCAGAAAUUGCUUCCCUUCAAACGAAAGUAGAAUCUCUCGAGUCAAAGACGCGCGCUCUCAAGUCUAGCGAGAAGGAGGCGAAAUCUGAGCUGGAGAAUUGGUUGCGAGAAGAGGGAUCGGUCAGCAGCAAGCAAAAAGAGAAGACGGAGCUUAGAACACAGAUGCGGGGUCUCGAGUUCGAGCUUGGGAAACGACUAGAACAGGUUGAAGAGCUGAAGGAAGAUUUGAAGAAGGCAAAAAAAGACGGAAAGGAGAGGGAGAGGUUGCCGAAGGACAAGCUGAAGGACGCCCAGGAGAAGGCGGAGAGGCUACAGGAGGAACAAGAGGAGUCCAGGGCGAGCGCUCACAAGUCUGGUACCGGGAAGAGGGACAAGGCCAGGAAGGCAAGCCCAGAAGAUACUGAAUCCGAAGACGAGUCACCGAAAAAGAAGGCCAAGAAGGCUGUAUCGGUGAGUAAAGCUCCCUUUCCUAACGCCAAACCUCAAUCCAAGGCCAAGCGUGCUGCGGAAUCGUCCCUAGCCUCCGACUCUGAAGCCGACAGACCCGCCACCAAGAAAGUCAAAGCUCUUUCCAAAACCCAGGCCACGCCUCUUGAGGAAUCGGAUACGGACAACAAAAUCAAGUCGAGUAAGGUCAAGGUGGCUGGCAAAAACGAGGGACUUGAAGAGGAUGGGACAGACAUCUCGAAAGAUGGGGACGAGAAGAAGAAGAAGAAGAAAAGAACCUUGGGUAUCCAGCCAAAGCCGAGCUUCUCUUGGGAUCAUAUCAUGGACAGUGGGGACGGUGUCAUUCCGUCCUAUCUCUCCCCUGCCAAAGGUGGUGGCAAGCCCACUGGUACCAUUCCUCGAAUGGGACUCUCAAUACCAAACAGGAUGAAAAGGUUCGGGUAG